UCAUUGAAAUGAAGGGAGGCGACGAGCUGCUGCGCGGUGGAGGCGCGGAAACUCGCAAUAAUAUCAUAUUCCAACCUAAAUGGUUGUGCCGAUUGCCAAACAACUGAUGGGCCCAUGAGUUAACAAUAAUUAAUAACAUUAGCACACUUACCAGAUGUGGAGGUCUGUGGACUGUGUAUAGUAGACCAUCUUCAUUUUGUGUCUGCAGUUUUUGCAUUUCACUUUUCUUUGCAGCAACCUUUUCUUUUGCAACCAUGUUAUCAACUUGAAUGAUGUUUUUUUUGUCUCCUUGACAUUCACUCUUCUCAAAAGUGUUCCCGCAAGCGAAGCCAUAGCACCGGUGGGCAGAGGAAAUAACUGAUGUUACUGGCCAAAAAGUCCCUGAUUUGAAAAUCUGGCUGAUUCCCUGGUUGAUGCCUGACUCAAUCAUAAUAAUCAAGCGCUUCUACCGUCCGAUUGGCUAAGCCGCACCGCCAACUCGGUGCCGUUGAAAGAAGCUAUUAGUCCGCGCAAAAUAAAUUGGAUCUUGUCGCUAUGUACCAGCAUAUGAUUUUUCAUCAGUUAAGAUCGGCCUCGCCUGGAAAUUUGAAUAGGCCUAUGGUGGAAAGGCCUGAGCGCUCUACCCGAGCAAAAGGACAGCGGGGGAAUGAAGGAGAAAGCUCCGAUAUGCCUACUGCUGGCAAAGUCCAAUGGAAGAAGAAGUCAGAAGAGCUGCAGACCCGGAUAGAGUUGCUGGAGGAGGAGAAUGCUUUACUGAAGCGGCAGCUUGAGCAAAGGCCUUCAGCAGAGCAAGGUGACACAGUGGACAACACUGACACCGAACCAGAGUCAAACACUGACGCAAGUAGCAGCUCCAGCACUGACUCAGAUUCCAGCAGCAGCAGCUCUUACUCCUCUGAUGGCAGAAAGAAAAAGAGGAAGCACAAGAAAAAAGCAAAAAAAAGGAGCAAGAAGUCGAAGAAGUCAAAGGCCAAAGGAUAUCGUGGUAAAGUAAAUUAUAUAAUUGUGCUGUAUUUCUUUAGGUUCAGACAUUACAUAUACAGUGCUGCUUGAAAGUUUGUGAACCCCUUGACCAUUUUGGAAUUUUAUUGUGUUUAACCAUUAUUAAUUCAUUUUUUAUCAAUACCAGUAUUUUUUUUUAGAAAUAACAGAAUUG